GGUAAUAAGAAACUGAAAUGCAAUAUGUGUAGUUUUGUGGCAAAAUGGCCAGCCGAGCUCCAGAAACAUGCUGUAUCUCAUUCAGAAGAAAGACCUUUCAGCUGUAUGGUGUGUGGUUCAACCUAUAAAUGGAAGUGGGACUUGCAAUUAAAUGAUAUGAUCUCAGAUGAUUCUUCUAUUCUUCUACCAUAUAAAUGUCAACGAUGUGAAUACAGAGCCAGAUGGCCAUCUGAAAUAACUCAACAUAUGAAAAACCAUUCUGAAGACAAACCAUAUCACUGUCCACGCUGCAGUUAUAAAAGUAAAUGGAAUCCAGCCGAAUUGAAGCGACAUGCUGUUCUUCAUUCUGAAAACAAGCCUUUUACUUGUGAGGUUUGCGGCUAUGGAUCCAGAUGGAAAUGUGAUUUGAAGAAACAUAUGAGAACCUAUAACCAUUAUACAACUGGGCCAAUUCAUUGUGGUAAAUGUCCAUUUAAAGCUGUCAUGCAAGAAGACCUUGAUAAGCAUCUUUCAUGUCAUGGUUAUAAUGGUAUGUAUAGAUGUAAGCAAUGUGACUUUAGUACUGAUGUUGUUAUGAUGCUGACCCAACACAUGCAACUCCAUGAGAACAAUCAGCCAAUGGAACCAAAGAGUUGUCCUUUCACAUGUGAAACAAAUGAGGAUUUAGAGAAACAUAUCAAUCUACACUUUACAGAGAAUCAGUAUAAAUGUGACUACUGUUCUUUAACUGAAGAAAGUUUAUCACCAUUACUUCAACACAGGCUGCUUCAUUCAAAAGAAGAAGGCUUUAAUGAUAAUCCACCAUUUAUCUGUGACUACUGCAACUGGAGUGUUGAUCGACUUAAUUUACUUUACCAACAUCGAAGAAAACUUUAUGGUAAAGAAACUUCUUAUUCAUGUACUGAUUGUCCUUUUAAAACAGCUAACAACAACAGUUUUAUAAACCAUAGAGCAUUACACAAGAACUCAGCCCGUCACCAAUGUACUGACUGUUCUUACAGUGUUGAUAAAUGGACUCUAAUGUGUCAACAUCAGAAACUGCAUGAAAGUGAAGAAGAGUUUAAAUGUAAUAGAUGUCCUUUCAGUACAACUACAAAGACACUUUUAGAUGAACACGAACAUAGACAUAACUUUAGAAAUAGUGUUUCUUGUCCAUACUGUGAUUUCAGUUGUACAACAGAGUCAGAUAUACUGGAGCACAUUCAAGUUCAC